AUGUCACGCGAUCAUACAACACAAGAUUUAAAAGACAGGUUAGCUUGUCAAAAUAAUAAAGUAUGUGCACUUAAAGAAAAAUUGGUCACAUACGACAGAGAUGUCGCAAUGAAAGAGGAUUUAAAAUGCCAAUUACACAAUUUACAAAAGUGGAUAGAAGAUGUCGAUUGUAAAGUAAAACAAUCAAACAAUCAAAUGAUAAAUAUUAUUAAUAAUCAGAAACAAAAGACAAAAGAAGCUGAAACGCAGGAAUGCAAGUUGCGUUCGGAAAACACUAGACUGAAUAACCUUAAUGAUUGUUUCACUGAAAAGAUAAACACACUAAAUCGAAAAGAACAAACACUAAUCGCCGAGAUAGAGAAAUUAGAAUUGUGUAAAAUCAAUAUCCAAAACGAAUUAUGCGCUGCCGAGGCUCGCGUAAACGAAAUCAAAUGCCAAAUCGAGAGCCUGAAGAGAACACUGAAGACGAAGGAAGAAGAAUGCGAAAAAUUGCGUAAACAGCUUACGGCGAUCGAGGCCGAGUGCAAACGCCUGUGCAUGGCAUUGAACGCCGCCAAAUGUGCGCUGGAACGGACGAAAGCGGACAUAGCGGACGUCAGGUCGCGGAUGAAGAAGGCCGAGGAGUGUCUGAAGCGGGAGCGGACCGCGCUCGCGGACAAGCUGGAGGACAAGGAACGAGAGCUGCAGAUCGCCAAGGCCGAUCUGGAGACGGCCGUCCGGACGGUGGCCGAGCUGAGAGCAAACGUGGAAAAGUUACUGGCGGCGGUUGCCGAGCUACGGGAGACGAUGGCCCGCGAGCGGUGCGAGGCGGAGAAGGCGACGCGGGCGCUCAAGGAGGAGAACUGCGCGGCGUCGGAAAAAGUGUGCCGGGCCGCGGACGAGCUGGCCAGCGUCCGCCGCGACAACGCGCAGGUCGUCGCCAAAAUCGAGUCGCUCAAGUGCCAGGUGCAGACCAACGAGUGCCAGCUGGACGAACUGCGCCAGUUGUCCGAGGCGCGUAACCGGGCCAAAGACGAGAAGUGCGAACAGCUGGAGCGAGAACGGUGUUUGCUGACCGAAGACCUGCAGUGCAAGAAGAAGAAGAUUGCCGACCUGGAGCGACAGUUGUGCCGUAUGCGCGAAGAGUCUCGGCCGUGCGGCGGCAUGAGCAGCGCCAUCAGUAACGCUAUGUGCCCGAGCAUCGCCGACUGCUGUCCGUCCGACGACCUGGUCAACCAGCAGGACCUACUCUGCGACUCGUCCAACGACUCGUCCUUCAUCGACGUGCUAAAGAGGCUGUACAGCGACCUGAGCAACCUAAAGGUUAAAUCUUGCAAACCCGACACGUCCAACCCCUUAUACCACUGA